ACUGUACUGGUGGAACGCGAGCGAGUACCGGGAUACAUCAGUCGCAGCACGCCCCCCGAGUACGAGAACGUCAGCGGCAUUAUCGGCGCGCACAAUGACGAUAAGCGGCUCCACUGCACCGCUUUCACGACCUUUUAGUUUUUAGCCCGCAGUCUGAAUCUUUUUGACAAAUCGACCAACGACUGCUCUGGAUAUUAUAACCUCUUGUGAUUAUUUCUGCGUGCUUUGAUAUGAACUUUUCAAAAUAAUACACUGCUACUGCGCAUAUUGACGAAAUUCCAUUGGAUAUAUACUUAAGCUAUCAUAUAUUAUUUUGCCUUUCUUGCUUGAAUAUGUAAAUUUUUGCUCAUUAUUCGCUAGCUUCGGUAGUUUUAAUCGAUCGUUAUUCGACUGUACAUAAUUACGCAAAGACAACAAUAAAUAACCUUUCUCAUUAAAUUUGUCGAUUUUUUUUUCGGAGCUGCGUGUAAGACAAUACAGUCGCGCGUUUCAAUCAUAAUUCUACAUUCUAUCAGGUGCGGGGAGCCUCCGAACUCGGCCUCCAGAGGGACUGCCAACUCUACCGCGUAACGUCGUUUGCAAAUUUGCAAUUCACCUAUAUAGAGAUGCCUACAUCGUUCGCGCGAUUGCAUCCUCAAUAUAUAAUGCAACUCCGCGUACUUAACCUAGAAUUUCAAAUUCUCCUCGCCAUUGUUGAUCGGUGCAGUAGUCUGCUAAACAAACGUCGCCUCGUCCCUUUGCAACAGUUUAGAUAAUAGUAGUCCGCCCAACCCACCGUUCGACUGCACAAGAUGUAUCGAUAGGGGAACGCGAUAAGACUGACUUGUGUGUAAUUUAUCAUUUCUUUCAAGGCUCAAUAAUAAGUAUACGCAUACAAGUGGAAUAUGCAGGAGAUCCCCUUUAUACUCACAGAAUGGCAAGAGCUCAACUCCUUACUCUACGCGCCUCUCAGUGCAACCAAAAGAAUUCAGUACACGUGCAUAGCUGUCUCGGAAAACUACAUUGUACUUGGAGCCACAAGUGGAAGCAUCUACUUGUUCUCAAGAGAGCCGUGCGCUUUCCAACAACUGAUUCCACUAUCGGAAGGAGCUGUAUUUCGAGCACAAAUAUCACCUGAUGAGAAAACCAUAGCUUUGGCCACUAUUAGAGGCUCCAUUUGUUUGGUGGCUCUGAAACCAAAUGUCAAGCUGAUGACAAUCUCUACGGAGCACAUAGGAGAAAAAGUCACUUGCUUGUGUUGGAAUGAAAACAGCACAGAGGUUUACGCAGGAGACGAGACAGGCAAAGUAUCUGCUUCUGUCAUUUCCAAUUUUAUGGUAAAUGGCAUGUUCCAGUCUCCAUCCUGUGCUUUGAUGAGUUUGGAUUCAAAUAUUGUACAAAUGAAUCACACCUUGUCUUUAUUGUUAAUAUCCACAUUGAAUCGCUGCUACAUUUGUGAUACAGUGUCGGAGCAAUAUAAACAAAUUGGCAACAAGCCUAGAGAUGGCGAAUUCGGAGCUUGCUUUCUCAAAAGUCACAGUAGUGAUAAAAAUUUUUCAGUGCAGAGAAGAAAAAAAGAUGCUAUUUCCAAUGUUAAACAUGUGUUCAGCAUGACUGGGGAGGUCAUUAAUGGAGUUGACCUGGAGGGACUUCCAAAAAUUUACUGUGCACGUCCUGGCUCAAGGCUUUGGGAGGUAACGGCCACUGGCGUUGUCAUAAAAACUCACCAGUUCAAGGAAGCCUUGGCCAUUCACCCCCUUCCUGUUUUUAAGCCAUCAAUUGGAAAACUUUUUAAAUUAAGAAAGCAAGAUCAAACGUGGCCAGCGCAAUCGAUCAAUUUUCCUCAACUUUUUGUAAUCAAUCAUAAAUAUUUAUUUUCGUACACAAUGAAUGGUCUGUACAUUUUUGAUCCAGAAAAUGCUGAAGUCUUACUGUGGAAUGACGAAUUUCCAGAUAUAUUCAUGGCGCACAUCAUAGGUGAUAAAAUUUAUUUAAUGACGUCUUCCGGAGUAUUUCACUGCCUCACGCUUGCGUCCGUCGAUUCUUUGAUUUUGAAGCUUCAUGAUAAAAAAUUAUACAAAGAGUGCUUGGAGAUGUGCCAAAUACUCAGACCAAAACUUGUGAGUUCUGUUAUAGAAGAGUCUUGUGAUAUAGAUAUUAAGCAAGCUACUGAUCCAUCAGAGACACUCGUCCCAAUCAUUUCUCUGAUCAAGUCCAAUCAUAAUACUCAGCCAAUAAAACUUCAAUCUGGCAUUGUCAUAGUCAAUGCUGGCCACAAGAACUCUAAUGAGCCAAUUGUAUAUUCUGAAAAAAAACUUGGAAGAACCGAGAACUUGGAUGAACUGGAAGACUUAUUAAUUUCUUUAAAUACCAAUGGAACUUCCAAUUCCGAUUUAUCACAAAGAAACUCCAAUGGAAAAAAUCUUGAAACAGGAAAUCAUAUAAACAGAAAUGGAUUUUCUAAUGAUGUGGCAGAAGACACCAAAUCGGAAGAUGUGUCUUCAUUACAGAAAAUUAUAUCUGAUGUUCAAGCCGAUUUAGAAUCACUGUAUACAUCAAUCAGUACACAGAUGAAACCUAACAUAACCGAAGAGGAGUUGAAAGAUAUUAUAAAGUUGUUUGUUGAAACUUUAGAUAAUGUAAAGAAAAAGUAUGAAGUCUCUAGCGAAUUACUGAGUUAUCUAUUUGAAGUGAUUCGCUCAGCAGAACUUCAUUAUGGCGAUUGUUUACUAGAAAAUUUGCCUAUAGAAUUACUUAAGAAAAGCGAGAAUCAAGAGAUGUUAAUGCAGUUAGUCAAAAUCUUUGUUGACGUUAAUUCAUCAAAGUUUAUUGAAUGUUGUUGCGGAUUUCCGUAUCCAGUUUUCGGCGCAGGUACUAACAAAUCGUUGGAACCGAAAUUUUACGACAUCGGAAAAGUCCUCUUGGAUAAACUACAAUCUGCAACCGAGUCUGCAGACAAUGUAUCAUUAAAAGUCUGCAACCAAAUACCCUUCAUGUGGAGAGAUUAUUUGUCUAUAAAAGGAUACACGAAGGAGUGCAUCUCUGAUACUUUGCUAAAGCAGUGCCUUCAAACCAGAGAUAAUUCAGUCCUCUCUACAAUUUUGCCCAUGUUGAACGAGCAUCAAUGGAAAGUGACAGCUCAGUGCUUCGAGAAUAUUAAAAACGGGCGGUGCGUUGGUUGCGGUAAGGCCUACGACAGCGACCACAUUUCUUCUAAAGACUUCGCUAUCGAUUGGCCUGGUGUUACGCGCUUGGUUAUUAAAAAACAAGGACCUAGUAAAGCCAUGACAUUUUUAGCCACAGUAAAUGCAAAUUUACCGAAUACAUCUUUUGAGAAAAGUGUUUACCAAUCAAUCAUAUUUUCAACAAUACUAAACCAUCACGGUGUCAACCAUGCAAUUGAGAUUGACCAAUCGAACGUCGAGCACAACUCUAUUUGCUCUCCCAAGAUCCUGCAAGACGUUGAACAGGCAGUUGAGCAAGAUUUAGAUGAACCAGUCAACAAGGAAAUAUUUGGUUCAGGACCUCAUCAUUGGGGAAUGCGUUACAAUUUGGCCUCGUCCACUUGCCCGUGUUGCACAUUAUCGUUGCAAACGCCGGUUCUAUUAGGGAACAACGGCAUAGCUCUCUUUCCUUGCGGCCAUGCUUACCAUGUCAAUUGUAUGAUCCAAAAAAAGAUUUCAAGAUGCAAUCUCCAUAUGCAAUAACCAUCGAAGUGAGUGUCUGUAGAAUUAUUUAUUGGUCUGUUGGACUAUACAAUAUUCAAUCAUCUAGUCUCGAACCGUAUCAAGACUCGCAACCAUGGAUUCAAUCUUUUUUCCAUGCAAUGCUAUUUUGUAAAAAUAUUUGUAGAUAGCUGAUAAUCUUUUUUUUUUUUUAAUUAUGUUAAUAAUAAUGUAAAAUGUCGUCAAGUUAUUUAAAAAAGUAUUAAACUUAAUUUUAUUGAUUUGUUUAAUACUGACAGUAUACAUAAUGCUCAAAAACGUGGGGCUUGAUGUGUCAUUUAAAAGUUUUUGGCAUAAAAUUGAAAAUUUGCACAAAUUUUAAAAGUGCAUUGACUAAAGACUAGAUAUACUUUCUUUACAAUUCUAUUUCAGUCUUUUAAAUCAGUAAAAAUAAAUCACUACUAAACGCACUUGUAUGUACAAAUUUAGAAGUCUAAUUUAUAAUAGUUUGAGGUAGAUUUAUAAUCGCAGUUUCCUCCUUAAAAUUUAUACAUGUAUAUAUGGUUGCAAUAAUUAUAAAUUUUAAUGCACGCCCUAGACAUAAUUUACGUCAAAACUUUUUAGAAAAAUAAUAUCGUUAAUUUGUACAUUAUAAACAUUAAAUCAGUCUGAUAGUCAAUUUUAGAUCCGCAAAAGUGCAAUCUAUUCUAAUUUCGUUUGAAUAUUCUAUAAAUUUAAAAAAAUACUUGUACUGCUACAAGUUCGCACAUAAAACAAUCAUCGCAUUGACAAAAGUUAAUAAAAAAUUUGUAAAAAAAUUCUGAGUGUGAAAUACAAAACUAAAUUGAGCAGUUA